CUCUGUUGGAUGGCCACUGCAAGAAGAGGAAUGAGAGAUGAAUACCACUUCAAAUUCUUCUUCCAGUGGCCUUCCAAAACGGAAGAGCUUUUGAUUUGGUUUUGCCGAUUGUUUCUUCUGGCAUGGAUCAUACGCCGGAGCAACAGCCACGGCGCUGGCGCAGUCUUUUCGAUAUGGUCGGGACUCAGUGCACAGUCGCUGUGCAUGACGCGCUCCAUCGUCUCGCGACUGGGUCUUCUCAUUCUUCCAUUUAAAUAGCGCCCGACCAUACUCAUUCAAUUCCAGAGCAAUUCGAUCGACACUGGCGCUAUCCCAAGAGAGUUCUAGCAAGCAAGCACCACCAAGAAAGAAAAGAAAGAUAGAACAAAGCUCCAUAGCCACAAGCAUGGAGAAAGAUCGAGGCAUUCUCAUCGCCAUACUGGUCGUUCUCCCUCUGCUGCUCCAGGCAGCCAAGAUUUCUCUCUCUCCACCAGAUGGAAACUCGUACGAAAAAACUAAAAGAGUUUCUCUCGACGAUGGUUCUAAAGUUUGGUUUCCUCUUUUCGUUGUUUCCAGGAUUGAUUUCGAGGUGACAGCCAGCGGUUUCCAAAUCUACUCGUGCGUGGAUGUCAACAAAACCGGCCAUCUCUCUUGGGCCCUCGACAGAGCCGAGGCCGAGCUCUUCGACGCCAAAUUCCACACCCUGAUUGGAUUCCACUACUUUCUUCCAAAACCCGAUGCUGGAGGAGGCCGAGCAACUUGGUCCUUGCUCAAAACCCCGGGCUCUUCCUCGUCCGAGCUCCCCUCGAGCACGGUCACAGGUAUAAAGCUAUCGAAACUUUCACUGCAUUGCUAUUCAUCUCAAACGCUAACAUUGUUCUUGCUCUUCGUGAUCGAUCGACCAGGCAAGACCAUAACCAACUUAUCCGGAGGCCGAGGCAACAUCGACGAUCUCUUGGUGCAAGCCACCUCUCACAGUGGACACACGCGACUUGGCAGAGCCUCCUACAUCCAGAGGAUCAAAACUCGCGGAGGAACCGCUCCAAGCGAUGAGAUUUGCAAAGUCGGCGGCAUGACGCAAGCAGUUCCAUACAAAUCCGACUACGUAUUCUGGACCCAGCAAGCCUCCGACGUCAUCGAGGGACACCACGGCUACAUCGACGCGAAGUAUUCCACUCGGCCACUGUUCUUGCUCUUUGGCGAGGGAUUCCAGCACUACAGGUUUGAUGGCUCGGCCUGGCAGCUCUUCAAUGCGUCCGCGCUGCUUUCUUCGAUUCCCGGCCAGGAGGUGAUUGGCGACCACUACUUUCUCGAGACCAAGGACGCUCGCGGUGGACAACCGACGUGGUCGAGCUUUGCCUCGCCGAGCACCGUGACGGCAAAGCCUGUGAAUACUUUGAGGCCCGCCACGAGCGAUAGUAUUUCUUGGGCGGAUCUCCACGCAACCGGGAACACCGGAGACAAAUACUUUUUCGGAGGGGUGACGUAUGUUCAAAGACGCUCCACGAGGGGUGGUUUGCCACCGCAAGUAUCGAGAGCUCCAAAAGUUGGCGAUGUGUUCCUGUCGCCUUACUCAGCGGUCUACUGGUUCUACGUGUCGAGCUAGUCAAAAACUCUUUUUUCUUGCUUUUGAAAGCACUGAAAGAAACUGUCCAUUGCAAGAGAC